GGGUCAAUGUCGUGCGAAGGAGACAGAACACGGAAAGUGAAGUUACAACGGAAGUUCUGACGUGUCAAAUCGUCGCCAUUUUCCAGAGGAAGGAAACGCCUUGCAAAAGUCAGAUUAAGUCGAAAGUACAUUCCCGUCACUUGCAGCAGUCAUGGGUGGAGUGUUUGCGAAGAUGUUCCAAAUGUUCGGUAAGAAGGAAAUGAGGAUCCUUAUGGUGGGCCUGGACGCUGCUGGGAAAACCACUAUUUUGUACAAGCUCAAGCUCGGGGAGAUUGUCACCACCAUUCCAACAAUAGGUUUUAAUGUGGAGACGGUGGAGUACAAGAAUAUCAGCUUUACGGUGUGGGAUGUAGGCGGUCAGGAUAAGAUUCGGCCACUGUGGCGUCAUUACUUCCAGAACACACAAGGUCUCAUCUUUGUGGUAGACAGCAACGACCGUGAGAGAGUCACUGAGGCUCGCGAAGAGCUCAUGAGGAUGUUGGCGGAGGACGAACUGCGCGGUGUUCUGCUCCUGGUUUUUGCUAAUAAACAGGACCUGCCCAAUGCCAUGAAUGCAGGUGAGAUCACAGACAAGCUGGGUCUUCACUCCCUGCGCGAUAGAAAAUGGUACAUCCAGGCUACUUGCGCCACCAAUGGUGACGGUCUGUAUGAGGGACUGGACUGGUUGUCCAAUGAGCUCAAGAACUCUAGGUAGUAGUCACCUUGUACAUUUUUCUGCCUUUAUUGAGCUCUUGUUACUGCAGACGUACUGGACAAAUGGUCCAUUCGUUUGAUGUGUGUUAGAUUUUGGUAUAACGGGGCAGCUUUACUUGACUUUUUCUAGGGUGAUUGUAUGACUCUGGUAGGGCAAUAAUUGAGGGAAGCGCAGUCCAGUGGCUAUUCCCAGCAGCAUACUAGCAAUUGGCAAAAUAUUUUGCCAGAUAAUAAAACCUACAAGCAUCUUCCUAUUUGGUAGAUACUGGAAUAUGUUUAUGCAACAUAUCCCCUUAGAUCUAGCCUCUUUGUUAGAAGGGCAUUUCCUUUUUUGAUUUAGUCGGUCUCAGGUCCACAUUUGCCUUAAAAGUGCAUACACUAACCUAAAAAAUGCACACAAGUUAUAAUGUAUACAAUACAUGGUUUCAUUGCGGUUCUUGAAUGCUUUUUGGAAAGUGGGUCAUGGAUUUAAAUGAAAAUAAAGAAUUUCUUUUAGUGUCUGCUUUGCACUUUGUCACGUUUGGUGUAAGAUCUACUGUAUUGCCUUAUACAAGGCAAUGUUGCCUUUUUUUCCCACUCAAUGUUACUGCACUUCUAUAAAUAUACCUGGGGUUGGGUGUUUUUUGUGAUUUAUAACUAUUGAAAUGUUAAAUCAAUGAGUGUCAAUAAGCACUGUAAUUAAAAUGAAUGGAUUCCACUGUAUUUGAAAUUAUUUCAUUAUACUUGACUAUGCAAUUAAAAGUAUUUUAAAGGUG